AUGACCGUCUCUGAGAUGUUUAUCCGCGAUAAGCAUGGCGAGUCCGAGAUGGGCAAGAUGAUCGUCGCUGAGUUGACGGUCCCCGCGCCGAUUGUCAUCUUGAUUGGUUGUCUUGCGUCCACAAUAGGCUCUGGAAUGCAAUCGUUGACUGGAGCGCCAAGAAUUCUGCAGGUAGGUGUGUGGGGUCAUCUUUCUUGCAGAACGUAAGAAGAAUGCAAAAUCAAUCCGUUGAGGGUAGCUGCAAGACUACCAAGAGAAGGCUUCGAAGUGCGACGCUCAGAUUUUUCGUUUUACUCUAAAAAGUCUGCAUGCACACACUUUAGGUAUAAGACACAUAGCAGUUCUUGAAAAUUUUAGCUUGUACUUUGCAUGGACAGCCGAGAUAUUCAACGUUCUUGUUUGUCGAGAGAGCACGCGAAACUCAGCGAGCGGUCAGAGAUAAAAACACUUUUAAUCCAUAUCAUGGCCAGUUUCAUGCGGAAAAAAAAUAAUUUUUUUAUGGAAACAUUACCCUUCAUGGUAGAUUCCGCAGAGCGGGAUAAGAGUGCCACAUGUGCCUCAGAAAAACUUAUCCUACAUUUGAGCCAAUCUUUAUUAAAAAAUGAGCAUCGCAUUUUGACGACUUCCCUGCUGAUUCUCAAGACCUUGCAACAAAAAAAAUGCCGACGUCAAUUGCCUUGUGGCUAGAAUAGGCUUAUUAUUCCUGACUCUAAAACUCAAUGUUUUCAGGCGAUCGCCUCCGACGAAGUGAUCCUCUUCCUUCGAAUGUUCAAGUCGACCGAUCGACGCGGCGAGCCCUCGGUCGUAAUAUUCUUAACCCUUCUUAUUUGA